GCUUGGAAUGGCGGGUUCCGGGCUGGUUGUUCGCUGGGGACUCUCAGCCGGCAGAGAUAUAUUCUUAGACUCUGUAGUUCUCUUCCUCAGUUCCUUCCUUGCUGCCUGUUUAGCAGGGCAGUUCCCUACAGUUGCUGGGUGUGGGCCUCCACAGGUGCCACAUUUAGCGGGAGUGUGUUUGCAGGCAGUUCCUGGUUUGACUGGGCAGUCUACUACCCGGCAGACAUGCUCAGUGCCUUCAUGGGGGCCCAUGCAUAUAAAGCAACAUGGCAGGUGGUCACCGCAGGCCUUGAAGCUGCAGUGGCCCAGCUGGCAACACCUGGGGCAGACUGUGUUCACUCCUGUUUCCCAGUACUGCUCUGUCCUGUACUGGGAUCCUCCAAAGCGAAUACCAUUGAUAAGAAGCCUCCGGGACUCCUCUAGUGAGCCAACUGUAAUGACAAUAGUUGAGCCCUUUUAAUUGCUGCUCUGCAGCUCCUUUGAGCUCCAGAGCCAUGUUGGAUUUCUUUUCAGCUGGUAUUCAGUUCCCAGUUCAAUCUCUUCGCGAGCCAGAUCCAAACCACAGCUGAGAUAACGUCUGAUUGGGACCCCAUGGACCUUGACACGGUACCAUUGCUCAGGUAGCUCGACUGAUAUCACUGCUGGAUCUACCUGCCGAGCUGCGGUGACCAAUAGGUCUUUAUAGCUGGGUAGUAACAUAGAGUCCAGAGUGCCUUUGUCCAGGAGAAUCGUAAUUGCUCCAGUAUUGGUAUACCCUGCAUUCACCACCCGGGUAAAUGCUGGGAGGCCUCCUCUUGCCACUGCUCGAUUGACGGCCAGUAUGACAUCCUCCCUUUCUGUCACGGACUCGGACUAGUAGAUAUUCUAAACUAGUGUAGCCAUCAAC